GUGACGGAGUGACUCUGGAGACCCGAGAGGCAGCGGCUGCGCACUAAAGAAAGAAGGUGUGGAAGAAGGCUCCCACGCUUUGAGCCAGUCUGCGCCUGCGCAGUGGAGGAGGCUAAGGGAAGUAGUGGCAGUACUGGCGGUGGUAGUGGUGGCAGCGGCGGCAGCGGCGGCGGCGCGAUGGAACCGGAGGAACAGGUGAACGAACUAGUGUCAGCCGAAGGCCGGAACAGGAAAGCUGUGCUGUGUCAGCGAUGUGGAUCCCGGGUGCUGCAGCCCGGGGCCGCUCUCUUCUCACGCAGACAGCUGUUCCUUCCCUCCAUGAGGAAGAAGCCAGCUGCUGAUGGCAGCAACCCAGAAGGUGACUUCCUUCAAGAACACUGGCUGGUUGAUGACAUGUUCACCUUUGAGAAUGUGGGCUUCACCAAAGACGUGGGGAACAUCAAAUUUCUGGUCUGCGCAGAUUGUGAAAUUGGACCCAUCGGCUGGCACUGCCUGGAUGACAAAAAUAGUUUCUAUGUGGCUUUGGAGAGGGUUUCCCAUGAGUGACUAAGGGAUCUUCAGCAGCAGCUUUCCAUGGUGGAAGCAUCUCCCCCAAACAGUAGUCCUUCUAACCUGAUAUAACUGUUCUGCUUUCUUCUAUAAACUAAUGUAAAGUUGUGAGUACCACAAUGUCUGCUUGGACAUACAAAGGGUUUACCCUAACUUGCUUCAUUGAGACUUCAAGUGCACAUGUCUCAAAUAUUUCUCCCUGUAGCGCACCACUCCCUCCUCUUCCCCAUUCUGGUUUGAGUGAUGUGGGGAGCCAGGUGCCUCCCAGAACUCAUCCACUGGCCUGGCCAUGUGUCUGUGUCUCUUAUUCAGGUGCUAUUUUUUGUUUCCUGCUGUAGGUGACAGUCAGAUUUUUACUCUUCUGAUUUGUUUGACCCCUUUUACCUUUUGAAAUUCUCAUGUGGUUUCUCAUCAAUGGCCUAAACCCAUACUUACAACAUAUGAGUAGAGAAUUAAAUUUUUAACCACUUUCUGGCAACCACCACAAAGAAAAGUAAUUCGCCAGAUGUGUCUGAGAUUCUCCUUUGAGUAUCAGGGUGGAGAGCACGUGAAGAAGGAAAACCACUGCUGACUUGCACAUGAAGUUUACAGGCUUGGCUCAUGUCUGAACAGAUGACUGAGUCCCUUCUUCACGGGAAGAAUUAUGUCUAAAGAAAGCAUCAUCAGUAGAGAGUUACUGAACCUAAUGGACAUGGUGCAGGGCAAGAAUUCUUGGUGAGAUGGGAAUUUUCCUUUUCUUUAACACUCACCAUCCUAACAAAUUCCAGAAUGCAAAUUUUCCAUCCAGUUACCUGUAUUCCUAUUCAAUUCAAGUGAAUUCAUGUUUCCUGACUGCUAGGAAAACCUUGGCCCUUCUGGUUUGGUGCUGAUCCAAGAGGGCAUUAAAUAUGAAUGAGUUGGUAUACUUACUUGUUUUACUCUCUUCCAUGGUUUCCAUUUACUCUUGUCAUUUCCCACCCAUAAUACCUUCUCUCCAGUGAUGUAUAAAGUAAGGUUUAAAGCAGCCUCCUGGGACAACUCAGGAGGCUGGGAGUUGAGAUAGAGAGGAAGCACAGAUUAUUCAAAGUGCAGGCAUCAUCUUGAAUGAUUCAGUGCCUUACACUUCUUAGUUUGGUGCUCUGUUCCAUUCUCUCACAUCUUCCUUUCCCUCUCCCCUGACCCCUUUAACACAUCUGUAGGGUAGGCUUCUCCAUAGAAGAGUAUCUUCAAAGAAUCAAAGCGGAGCAUAAUUUUGCUAUAUUUCAUGUUAUCGACAUGCUCAGUGAAUAAGAGCACUUGGUAUUGCAAGGUAUGUUUCAGCGCUCCACAAGGGCCAGCUUCUUUCCUCCAGACUCAAUUCUUCACUUACCAUCAGUUAUUUAUAUAGUAUUUCAUUUCAGUUAGUUACAGAUUUAUUGAGGAGCAGAAUGGGACAUAUAAACAUUUCAAAAUAAAAUUCUGUAACAGUCA